AUGACAUCUCUCAUCUUGUUCCCACCUGCAUCUAAAGUGAAAUUCUUCUCACUUCCAGGCAGCACUAAGACUAUUGGUGAAGGUGCUUUCAUGAGCUGUGUUAAUCUUCUUAUUGUCAUGAUCCCUAGUGGUAGUGUUUCAACCAUCUCACAAAGUGCAUUCGAAGGUUGCAGUAAUCUUAAGAUGAUCAACAUUCCAUCUAGUGUUAUCGAAGUUGGUGACGAUGCAUUCAAAUCGUGUGAUCAUCUUUCAUGCGAAUGCGAGAUUGAGAAUCGAAGCAAAAUCUUCUUAAACCAACUCAUCAACCAUUGUAAACUUCCUAAACGCUGCAUCUAUGACUGUGAAUCUCUCUAUUCAUGUCGUAUCAAAUUCAGCAUUCAUACAAAUCUUCUCAUUCAUCCAUUCAUUAUUAUGUUAUUGUAA